UCUAUUUCAUCCCCAUUCCUUGCUGCGCUUCUGUCGAUGGCCUGGUUUGGCCUGAUUCGGCCACCAUACUCAGAUACUGCACGCAUGCGCUCUCCUGCCCUUUCCCCCGCUGUCAUGGUGGCCUGCAUGAAGCUGCGCUCGGUGGUCAGGGUCACCGGUCGGGCUCUGAGUAACGCGGUUGGGGGACAGCAGCAAGUAGCAGCAGCAGCCGGCGGCGGGUUAUGUCUCGAUGAAGACCCUGUGACAAGAAGGACCUUUGCAGAAGUGCAGAAGGAAAGACAAGAGCAGGCAAAACACACAGUUUUAAUCAACUGCCCCCCCAAUGUAAACGAAAAUAAAUUUCUAAAAUAUUUAUCCCAACACGGACAGAUAACUAGGCACUUCUUCUAUGAAGGUUACGGUGCGCAUGCUGUGGUGGAAUUUCUGGACAGAGAAAGCAUAGAAUCACUCAGAAGUGCGACAAGUCUGCCGACUGUGGAAAAUGAAUGCAUCUUGCCCUUUAAGUCAAGGCUUUUCACCUUAAAGUCAGACAGCGCAUUGGGGAAUGUGCCAGUACCGUGCCACCGGCAGACGGCUCUUCCCAUAAAUGAGCUGAUCCAGAAGCUCUGCAAGGCUCAGAAUAUAGAAGAGCAAGCUUACGCACUCCUGGAGGAGUACCAGUUAACUGACGAAAACAUCAGACUUCGCUUCUUAGUCUCCUCUCUGAUUAAAGAUAUUGCCACUGCCUAUUUCCCAGAAGCCACUGUAAAUCCAUAUGGCUCUACUGUAAAUUCCUUUGGGAAAUUAGGUUGUGACUUGGACUUGUUUUUGGAUCUUGAUGACAUACAGAAGAGGAUCGCUGUAAAGACUACGGGUCCAUUUGCCACUGAGUAUUUGAUAAAAAGGGUUCCCUCGGCAAGAGUAGCCACGCAGAGGAUACUGUCUGUCAUUGGGGAAUGUAUAGACAAUUUUGGCCCGGGGUGUACAGGAGUGCAAAAGAUACUGAACGCUCGCUGUCCAUUAGUAAGGUUUUCCCAUCAGCCAGCAGGCCUCCAAUGUGACCUUACGUCAGACAACAGAAUUGCACUCAGAAGUUCGGAGCUAUUAUAUAUCUAUGGAUGCUUUGACCACAGACUGCGAGCCCUUGUCUUCACACUGCGUUGCUGGGCACGAGUGCAUGGAAUAACAAGCGCAAUCCCUGGAGCAUGGAUAACCAAUUUCUCCCUUACCAUGAUGAUCCUGUUCUUUCUGCAGAAGAGAAGCCCUCCUGUCAUCCCAACUUUGGAUCAUUUGAAAGGCCUGGCAGGCAAAGAAGACAAACACAUUAUUGAUGGACACGAUUGUUCCUUUGUUAGCAAUCUGAACAGGAUUAAACCAUCUCAAAAUUCAGAGGCUCUAGAUGUGCUGCUGGGGGAAUUCUUUGAAUUUUAUGGAAACUUUGACUUUAGUAAGAACUGCAUCGAUAUCCGAAAGGGCAAGGAGCAGAACAAGCCAGAAGUAUGCCCGUUAUACAUCCGCAAUCCAUUCGAACAGACCCUUAAUGUUAGUAAAAAUGUGAACCAAUCCCAGCUGGACAGGUUUGUGGCUUUAGCUCGGGAAAGUGCCUGGAUCAUGCAAGAACAAAUCAGCCAGUCAGUGCAUAAAGAAAACACAGCCUGGGGCCUUGGUACCUUGCUGCUUCCCUCCGUGUUCCAAGGGAUUGGGAAGAUUAAGAAGAAAAGGAAGAGAGGCCCUGCCAGCGAUAGAAUCAAAAGUCUCUUGGAUUCUUUGAAGACGAAUGGUAAAGCCAGGUAGCCCACUCCUAAGGAUUGUAUGAUUGCCAACAAUAUGCCAGGCCAUUACCGCUCAAGUGAGAAAGAACAUCUGGUAUGUUCUGGAAUCCAAGCAACAGCCUAAUGGAUCAUGUUUCUUCCUGAAAUGAUUGCCAUGCUCACAUGAACUAUUUGAGCAGAGCAUAGGACAAACUCAUUAUACUUUCUUUAUAUGACAUUUUUAUAUUUGGAUUCACACUAAUCCAAUAAAGUUAUUGGGGGGAUAUAA